UUUGUGAUCUGGCAGCCAGCGAUUUUCAGCACAGAAUGUGUUCAUGUAUAAUCAUUGGCUUUGGAAAACCCGAAAUUCAAAAAGGAAAGCACAAUAAUAUGUUCCUCCCUCUGUAAUCGUGUACCUUCCAUAUCUCUACAGACCGUAUCACCGACAUCAAGUCUUCAGCUGUUUGUUCGCUCUUGGAAAAUGGAAACCAAAGAAUAUAUUCCCACCCAGCAGGCUGAGGAACUUUUAUCUAAGUCACCCCUUAAUUGUGUUGGCAGUGAAGGUGAUGAGUUGCUGAAGGUGGAGAUGAUCCCUCUCAAAGAGACAACCAUUCAAGUAGAGUCCACCAAGUUGACCAUAGCAUCUGAGCAACCUCCUGUGAGAGAUCACAUAAUCUGGUCUAUAGUUAACACUUUCUACAUGAAUUUCUGCUGCCUUGGACUUAUUGCACUUAUCUUUUCUGUCAAGUCUAGGGAUCAGAAGUUGGCUGGAAAUUCAAAUGAAGUCAGAAGCUAUGGAGUCAGAGCCCGAUCGUUAAAUAUUGCAUCUUCAGUCUUGACCAUACUGUGGUUCCUAAUCACAGUAACCAUCAUUUAUGUCAAUCUCGUAAAUCUGAGGAACACCAUUAGGGGCUGGCUGGGACUGUAAGGACUAUGAUGCAUGAGAAAGCAUUUAGAUGACUUCUAGGGUUGUUAAGGCCAAGACUAAUUGUUACUAUGGAAAUGGCGGUGUGCUUAUUUGUAUCACUUUAUUUAAAAAUGUACUAUGAAAUACACAAAUCUGUAUCGUA